UCGCUCUUUUCGCCUCCUCUUCUCUUCUCUUCGCUUCUCUCUUCAUGGAUUCCGAGCACCGAGCGCCCCUCAAAACCCACCUCGUCUCGGCCCCCGACUCGCCCGAGUUCGCUCACCUCGCUCGGGCCCUGACUCGCUCCUCCGUCGUCGCCCUCGACGCCGAGUGGAAGCCCGCCCGCGGCCCCCGCCCCCUGCCCGCCUUCCCCACCGUGACGCUCCUCCAGCUCGCCUGCCGCCCGGCUCCCCUCGCCGCCGCCGCCGCCUCCGCCGCGUCGGAGGAGCCCGCGGUGUUCCUCCUCGAUCUGUCGUCGGUCCCCCUGCCGUCGGUCUGGGAGCUCCUGCGGGACGUCUUCGCGUCCCCCGACGUCCUGAAGCUCGGGUUCAGAUUCAAGCAGGAUCUGGUCUACCUGUCCUCCACCUUCUGCGCUCAAGGAUGUGAUCCUGGAUUCGAUCGGGUGGAACCCUACAUUGAUAUUAUGUGUGUGCAUAAUAUUCUGCGACAAAAGCAAUCGGGAAGGAAGACGGCUAAAGUUUCAAAGAGUCUGUCUGCUAUCUGUGAAGAGCUUUUGGGCUAUUCUCUUUCAAAGGAACUUCAAUGUAGUGAUUGGUCACAACGUCCUCUUACGGAAGAGCAGAAAGAAUACGCAGCAAGAGAUGCGCUCUGCUUGCUUGAAAUUUUCAGUGUCUUUCAGGCCAAGAUUAUCAAUAAAGGAAAAUGUUUAAACGGUGAUGUGGUCCUGCAUUCUGAUCACACGAAUCUUGGAUUGAAAGAAGUUCUCAAAGAACCUGAUACAUGUAGUGCAAUUCUGAGGAUUAAAUCUGUUGAAGCUUUACACAUCUUGCGGACCACUACAGCUAAAUUUCCUCAUGGGAUAGUUACAGUAGAUGAGGCAUCUUUUAGGUCCUCCUUUCGAAGUACUGAACCCAUGGAUGAGGCACUUCUGCUUGUUGUGAGAAAAUUUGGGGAAAAGAUUUUGCUAAAAGAAUCUGAUCGAAGACCUAAAGCCUCCAAAAAGAAAGGUAGAAAAAGAUCUUCAUUAAAUUCUGUUUCCAAAGAAAAGAGGGAAACUUUUGAUGAAUGGCAAGGGCCAGCGCCAUGGGAUAUUUCAACGGGUGGUGAUGGAUGCCCCAAGUUUCUGUGUGAUGUGAUGGUUGAAGGCUUGGCAAAACAUCUUCGGUGUGUUGGGAUAGAUGCUGCCAUUCCUCAUUCGAAGAAACCAGAGCCCAGGGAGCUGAUUGCACAAGCACAUAAAGAGAAGAGAGUUCUUCUUACACGAGAUGCCAAGUUGUUGAGACACGAAUACCUGUUGCAAAAUCAAAUAUAUAGGGUGAAUAGUCUAUUGAAAAAUGAGCAGCUGCUGGAGGUAAUAGGAGCUUUCCAAUUAGAAAUUUCCGAGGAUGAUUUGAUGUCUAGGUGCACCAAAUGCAAUGGUAGGUUCAUUCAGAAGCCCCUAUCAACUGAAGAAGCUGCGGAAGCCGCAAAAGGUUUCCAAAGAAUUCCAAGCUGCCUGUUUGACAAGAAUUUGGAAUUUUGGCAGUGCAUGGACUGUAACCAACUAUAUUGGGAGGGAACUCAGUACCACAACGCGGUUCAGAAGUUCAUUGACGUUUGCAAGUUGAACGAGUAGAACGAGUAGAAGGGGCUAGCUACUAACUCGAUCCUAUUGCGUCGGAAUGCAAAUGUAGCGUGAUAUCCUCGUUUCGAAUGUUAUCUUCCUGUAUCGUGUGCUUGUUUUUUUUAUCAAGAAACCAAGCCGAUCGCCAGUUCCAGGUAA